CCAUCUGCACACCUUCAUGAGAGAGAGGAGACACCAUGACCUCCACCCUUGUGGCUGUGCUGUGCCUCGGGCUGAGUGUGGGCCUCAGGACCCCAGUGCAGGGAGGGACACUCCUCAAGCCCACUCUCUGGGCUCAGCCAGGCCAGGUCAUCUCCUGGGGGAGCCGAGUGACCUUCUGGCCCCUGACUAUCUCCUGUCAGGGGACCCCAGAGGCUGAGGAGUACCGUCUGGAUAAAGAGGGAAGCCCAGCACCGUGGAAAAGAGAGAAGCCACUGAAGCCCGGGGACAAGGUGAUGUUCUCCAUCCCACACAUGACGGAGCUUAUUGUUGGGAUAUUUCGCUGUUACUCUCUCAGCCCUGAUGGCUGGUCAGAGCCCAGUGACGCCCUGGAGCUGGGGGUGACAGGAUCCUACAGCAAACCCAGCCUCUCAGCCCUGCCCAGCCCUGUCCUGACCUCAGGACAGAAGAACGUGACCCUGCUGUGUCAGUCACGGAGCUGGAGGGACACAUUCCUUCUGUCCAAGGAGGGGGCCCCCAAUGCCCCCCUGAUUCUGAGAUCAAAGCACCGAGCUCAGCAGUAUCAGGCACAGUUCUCCAUGAGCGCUGUGACCUCAGUCCAUGGAGGCACCUAUAGGUGCUCCAGUUCACACAGCCCUUUCCCUUACCUGCUGUCACUCUCCAGUGAGCCCCUGGAGCUCCUGGUCUCAGGGACAUUCCCGAAACCCACCCUCUCGGCUGAGCCAGGCCCUGUGAUCCCCUGGGGAAGGCCCCUGACCAUCUCCUGUCAGGGGACCCCAGAGGCUGAGGAGUACCAUCUGGAUAAAGAGGGAAGCCCAGCACCAUGGAAAAGAGAGAAGCCACUGAAGGCUGGGGACAAGGUGAUGUUCUCCAUCCCACACAUGACAGAGCGUGAUGCUGGGAGAUAUCGCUGUUACUAUCUCAGCCCUGAUGGCUGGUCAGAGCCCAGUGACCCCCUGGAGCUGGUGGUGACAGGAUCCUACAGCAAACCCAGCCUCUCAGCCCUGCCCAGCCCUGUCGUGACCUCAGGAGGGAACGUGACCCUCCAGUGUGGCUCAGGGCAGGGAUUUGACAGGUUCAUUCUGACUAAGGAAGGAGAUCACAGGCUCUCCUGGACCCUGGAGUCACAGUCACAGCCCAGGGGCCAGUUCCAGGCCCUAUUCCUUGUGGGCCCCGUGACCCCCACCCACAGGUGGACAUUCAGAUGCUAUGGCUGUUACAGGUACAGCCCCCAGGUGUGGUCACACCCCAGUGACCCCCUGGAGCUCGUGGUCUCAGGAGCAGCUGACACCAUCAGCCCAUCACAGAACAACUCAGACCCCAAGAGUGGCUCCCAGGCCCAAGACUACACCUUGGAGAAUUCCAUCCGGUUGGGCGUGGCGGGAUUGGUCUUGGUGGUGCUCGGGGUGCUGCUAUUUUGGUCUCGAAACAGCCAGAAACAGAUCCAGGAUGCAGCCAGGAUGUGAACACAGAGGGAACAAUGCUCCAUUCAGUGAGGGGAAGCCUUUGGAAUGAAUCUCAUGUGCCCAGAAUGUUCUGGAAGAUAACAUGGGACAUAUGCUGAGGGACCUGUCUGAGGCUCCUUGCAGGUGGAGGAGUCAUCGCUCAUGUGCAAAGACAAGGUCUGGACCUUCUGCCCUUGGACUGUGGCCCUCUCCGUCCCGACCACUGUCUCCUCGUCCUUAUAGGUUUCUCCCCUCUGGUCCUUUCCCCUGUGCCCUUUAAUAUGAUAAUUUGGGUGUUUAUAAAAUUCUUCACUAACAAUUUACCCCUUCUGUGUACUUUUGCCAUAUC